GAGAACGCAUCGGUGGACUUGAUAGUCUGAAUGCUUCUGACAACAGAAGAAACAAUUAUUAGAAAAAUAAGUUUGAAAUACAUACCUGAAGAUGAACAACUCAGUGACAUUUGAAGAACAAACAGAACGAAUUGUGGAAGCCUUGUUUACUAAAUUUUGCUCAAAGAAGUCACAAGUAACUGGUCGAUGCCUGCAGCUCCAGUCUGAAAUAAAAGCCCAUGAACAAGGUUCUGCAAGCAGUUUUAAUCCAGUUGAUAUUGCCGAUUCACUGAAAUCUUUAGGAGAUAAGUACAACGCAGAAAUUGAAAGCCACGUACAGGCAGUUAUUGCAGAGGAAAGCAUAAGAAAGAUAAAGAAAUUUGGAGAAGUAACAGAAUCUCUCAGCAGGAAUUGGAUCAGUCAAACUCCUGGGCUAGAGCCUGAAAGAGUUUUUCUAGCUGCUGCUGUGAAAUUGUUUGUGAAAUUUAUGAAGAAAACUGGAGAUAAGGGCCAGAUAAACAUACUCACAGAAACAAUCAAUGGAAAUCCUGAACUGAGAGGCUAUAUUGAAAGACAGGGUGGUUGGGGUAAUCUUGGAAGAAGUCUAAACAGCCCAUAGUUUCUUGCUUCCAAUGUA